UGUCCCAGCCUGCUUUGCGGGUAAACAGACAUGGCCGACGAGGAAGAGCCGCAGGACGCUGCGCACGACAUGGGCAACCGUCUCCCGCUGCUGCUCGCAGAGAGUGAAGAAGAAGAUGAAAUGGAAGUUGAAGACCAGGAUAGCAAAGAAGCCAGAAAACCAAACAUCAUCAACUUUGACACCAGUCUGCCAACCUCACAUACAUACCUGGGCGCGGAUAUGGAGGAGUUCCACGGCCGGACUCUGCAUGACGAUGACAGCUGUCAGGUGAUCCCCGUGCUGCCGCAGGUGAUGAUGAUCCUCAUUCCCGGGCAGACUUUACCUCUGCACCUCUCUCGCCCUCAAGAAGUCAGCAUGGUGCGGAAUCUAAUUCAGAAAGACAGAACCUUUGCAGUCCUUGCAUACAGUAAUACACAGGAGAGGGAGGCGCAGUUCGGAACCACAGCAGAGAUCUAUGCCUACCGAGAAGAGCAGGACUUUGGAAUCGAAGUCGUGAAAGUGAAAGCAAUUGGCAGACAGAGGUUCAAAGUCCUUGAGCUAAGAACACAGUCAGAUGGAAUCCAGCAGGCUAAAGUGCAAAUUCUUCCUGAGUGUGUGUUGCCUUCCACCAUGUCUGCAGUGCAGUUAGAGUCCCUCAAUAAGUGUCAGAUAUUUCCUUCCAAGCCUGUAUCGUGGGAAGACCAGUAUUCAUGUCAGUGGUGGCAGAAAUACCAGAAGAGGAAGUUUCACUGUGCAAAUCUGACUUCAUGGCCUCGCUGGCUGUACUCGUUAUAUGACGCGGAAACCUUAAUGGAUAGAAUUAAGAAACAGCUACAUGAAUGGGAUGAAAAUCUCAAAGAGGACUCUCUUCCUUCAAAUCCAAUAGAUUUUUCUUAUAGAGUAGCUGCCUGUCUUCCUAUUGAUGAUGUAUUGAGAAUUCAGCUCCUUAAAAUUGGUAGUGCUAUUCAACGACUCCGCUGUGAAUUAGACAUCAUGAGUAAAUGUACCUCCCUCUGCUGUAAACAGUGUCAAGAAACAGAAAUAACCACCAAAAAUGAAAUAUUCAGCUUAUCCUUAUGUGGGCCGAUGGCUGCUUAUGUGAAUCCUCAUGGAUAUGUGCAUGAGACGCUUACCGUGUACAGAGCCGGCAACCUGAAUCUCAUAGGCCGGCCUACCACAGAGCACAGCUGGUUUCCUGGGUAUGCGUGGACCAUUGCCCAGUGUAAGAUUUGUGCAAGCCACAUUGGAUGGAAAUUUACAGCCACUAAAAAAGACAUGUCCCCUCAAAAAUUUUGGGGGUUAACCCGAUCUGCUCUGUUGCCCACAAUCCCAGACACAGAAGAUGAACUAAGCCCAGACAAAGUAAUACUUUGCUUGUAAAUGGAUGUAAUAUGGUAGCGGUAAAGAUAUGAUCUGCUUUGGAAAUUGCCUUUGAUGCGUACACGUAAGUAACCAGCAACAUUAUGUAUGAAGGGUUA